UAACCUGCUAGAGGCUCAGGGAUUGCUGGGAAGAAGAAGGAGGCUGUCGAGGUUGGGACUUUGGAGAGAGAGGUAUAGGCAGAGACACUCUCAAAAGACGUCCACAUCGUCACACAGUGACUUCAGCAUCUGAGCCAUGAUGGAAGAAGAGAUCAUUGAGGACCAGGCCAAGCUGAAGCAGGGCCUGGUCAAUGUGCUUAAGUGUGUGGCCACCAUCUCCUCAGCAGCAGCCGUAGUUAAUCCCAUCUUUGGCGUGGCUGGCUCUCUGAUCCGGGUGGUGCUGCACCACAUUGAUGACGAGGACAUCCGCACCCUGAAACGGGAGUUCGGCUCGGUCAACCGAUCCCUGGACCAGCUGUCCCAGCAGAAUCGCAACACGCUGGUACAGAUCAAGAAGGAAACGCUGGAUGGCCAGUACUGUCAGGUGGAGGAGAAUCUGAAGAACCAGUUCAGAAAGUUCAUGGAGAUGGUGGAGGCAAGGCCGGAGCACCGCGAGCGCAAGAAGGACGACUUUGAAGAGAGCUAUGCCAAUGACUUGGGCGAUCAGAACCUGCACACCCUCUACGAUGGGGUGGUGGGUAAACCGAAGCUCUUCAGCAAGCCCAUCCUGGAGGUCUACCUGAAGCACUCGCAGGGCGACCGUGGCACCAUGGAGCGACUCUGCACACGCCUCACCUACCUGUUCUGCAUCGGGCUCAUCGCCCUCAUGGGCUACUCUGCCAUCAUAGGGGACGAUGAAGAGAGUAUCAGCGAGGAGUGGGCCAAGAAGAUGGAGCACGUGCAAAAGAAGAUGCAGGAAGCUCUUCGCAGGUGCGAAGAAGAAGCACCAAGAACUGAAGAAGAAGCAUGAGGAGCUUUUUUCUCUACCGCGGCUUUGCCUUCAUUUUCAGGACUCACAAGUCCACAUUCCCACACUAACCGCUUCCUCUUGGCUUCUUCUCGUCCUAUAAGCAAUUUGUAUGCAUCUCGUUUCACUGGCUGAGGACCUGGUGAUUAAAAUGAACAUGUCUCAUUUUAAAAAUCACAUAAUUUGUCUAAAACUCGCUGUAUACACAAGUGGUCUCUGAGCGGUCUUUAUGCAGAGGUUCUGUCCAGGUUGGGGUAAAGACAACAAAAUUAUUGUAAAAUAUUUGACUGUUUUGUAUUUGCUUCAAAUCACAAAUAUACACUAAGAGCUACAUUUUGGGCAGUGUCUGUAAAAUGCCAGAUAUCACAUCAAAUUAGGCUUUGACAGAAAUGUACCUGGCCUGAGUGACGUCCCAUCCCAUAAUGCACUUUUGGAAAACAUCUGCCAAUUAGGAAUUCAUUUUAGAUUUUGUGAAACACAUGUAUUACACUACAAGGGAAAAGUACGUUGGAAUGAGCAAAUAUCCUACACUAACAAGCUUAGGCUGCUGUCAUAUGAACAUAACACCAAUACAGGGGCUUCCUAUGAAUCAUUUAAAUUAUACAAGUCAGUAUCAUAUUUCUUAUCUCAUGCUAUUGAUGAAAUACCUUCUAUUAGACAGAGAGAGUUGUGAGUCAAGUUAUAACUAUGAAACAAGGAACAAGUAUGCCAAAGGUUCUGAGCUAUGAAUGUAACUGCAGCGAUACAAUCAUAUAAUCAUAUAUGAUGUGGUCAUACUGCCAUGAUACACAAUGCAUACUUGUUGUUGUCAAAGCACUAAAUUGAUCUUUUCUACACUAAUUUCAGAUGCUGCUGAGUUCUUUAUUUUUCUUUGUUUUUAGUGAACAUUUUCAGUUAAAAAAUUGAAAACACUAGCAGAAAUCGGAUCUGUUGUAACACUAACAUCUGGCAAAAUAAACACUUCACUGCAGGAUAUUCUAAAUGUAAUCUAAAAAUACUGUAUGUGCUUCCAUGUUCACUACCCUGAAUUGUGCUAUUUGACUUUGAAAUGUGGUAUUCUGAGAAACCUUCCCCUCUCAACUUGUGUCAUUCUGUUACUAUAUGUGCUACAGCCUUUUAGCAAUGCAGGAGGUGCACCAAGUGUUGCUGUAAUACAUAGAUGAAAUUAUCUGUGGGUUUCUUUGGGUUAUGGUCAUUUAGAGCCUAAAAACAUUUAAUGUCUAUUAUUGAUUUUUUAUUUUUCCUUUUACAGUUUAGCCUCAACUUCAAGAUAACAAUGCUAGCUCUUCACGGUCUUGUUAUGUACUUCAUCAUCUGACCAACAGUGCCUAAAUGUUUGAUUUGUUUUGUAUAAUUGUGUAUUCUUUAAAGUUCUUUUUUUUGGCUUAAAUCUUAUUAGGGCAGUUUAUCCUGGGAGAUUCAACUCAUAAAAUCUGAAACAUACAAAAUAUGUUAAAAAUAUGUGAAAAUUUUACUUAGGUGCAAAUGAGAGAAAUAGUAAUGAUGAAUUAUUUUUGUGGGUUAAUCUGAUUGUCAUUAAUGUCUUUCAGACCUCGCAGUCUGUGUAUUUUUAAAAAUGUUUUGCAGGGGUCUAGUCGAUACUGCUCUCAUCCUGUCAAUACCUAACUCUGUGUUAAAUUGGUUUGUUGAGGCCAUGGCAGUGUGCCAUAUCUCUUAUUGUUACAACGGAUUCAGUAUACGCUACAUAAAUAUAGCCAAAAUGCUGCUGACACGCAGGAAAUGUAUAUGAACGUCUUAAGGCUGUUUUGAAAUGUUAUAUAUAUGUGAUUAUCUUGCCUUUUUUGCUAUGGAUCUUUGGGUGUAUAUGCACUACUACAAAUAAACAUGAGUGAAUAAUA